AUGGGUGACAAUUCUCUUACAUGCACGGACAGUGGGGAAUGGAAUUCCACCUUUCCUUACUGUGUGUGUGACGCUCAGGCAGCUCCAUCCGACGGAAGUGUUUGGGUGUCUUCGGAUGGCAGCUCGAUGGUUUUUACCUGUGAUGUGGGCUUUACGUUGGCCGGUGAGGCAGAGAACAACUGCAGCAGUGAUGGAACCGGUUGGCUGUACCCCCAACCUUCAUGUGUGAGCUGUCAACCGUUGGCCGCCUCUUCAGUAGGUAGUGCAUCCGUGACGAGUGAUGGGCAGACAUCCGUAGCCGCCUUCAGCUGCCCAGCCGGCUACUCCCUCUCUAGUGCAACCACGGCUGUCUCUUGUCUACCCGAUGGCACUUGGGGCAGCAGCAUUCCAGAUUGUGUUAAAUGCGAGACGUUGGCUAACCCGGCAAGCGGAAGUGUCAGUAUUGAGACCGACGGAAGUUCCAGUCACGCCAUCUACUCCUGUCUAACCGGAUACACGAUGUUUGGCGAUCAGCAACGAAACUGUCUUAUUAACGGCUCUUGGGACGGGGAUGUGCCGGUCUGCCUAUGCAGUCAAGCACCGUCGCCUCUGAACGGCGCAGUGAGCGUCUCGACGGAUGGACUUACGGCUGACUAUACGUGCAACGUCGGGAACACAUUGUCUGGCGUUAGCCAACGAGAAUGUCGUCUCGACGGCACGGGCUGGACUGGUGAUGCCCCGACAUGUGUUGAAUGUAGCACGCUGGACUCUGUGGUUGGUGGAUCAGCACUCCUAUGGACGGACGGUGCCUCAACACAUGCCAACUUCAGCUGCCAGACGGGCACCACCUUGGCAGGAGAACACCAUUUAACCUGCCGCACCUCAGGGUCGUGGUCCUUCAGCGUCCCACAGUGUGUGUCUUGCACAAAUCCAGUACAAACGGAAGGACUUGAAACUACGACAACAUCGGACGGUCUAGCAACAACGAUUGCAUUCCAAUGUGCGGUCGGCUACUUGUUGCACGGAGUGCACGAAACAUCAUGCACAGUUAGUGGCACGUGGAGCGAGCAGCAGCCGUCCUGUGUUUCUUGUCCAUCUCUUACCAGUCCCGACAGCGGCAUUGUUGUAGUAACAAGCAACGGCACCAACAGUAUGGCAACUUACAGCUGUGCUGGCGGCUACUAUGUACAAGGGGACAGUUUUAGGCUGUGCCAGGGUGACGGCGUUUGGAACUCGACAGACCCUACCUGUGUGUGUGAUGCUCCCUUGUCGCCGGAGAACGGUGGGUUCAUUCUCCAAUAUGAUGGCUACACAGCGCAAUAUCACUGCGAUGUUGGCUUUAGCUUAGAUGGGCCAGCUGAACGUACAUGCGCCUUGGACGGUACAGGAUGGUCCGACAUAGACCCUAUCUGCGUCGGUUGUGUAGCUACAACCGAUCCAGCAAAUGGCACGGUGACUCUGACAUCAGAUGGCACUACGACACAGGCCACCGUGAGCUGUGACGUCGGCUUUACGGUCUCCGCAACUGAUCCUUCACUGUCAUGUCAGCCAGAUGGCUCUUACUCUGAGCAGCUCCCUUCAUGUGUCUUCUGCAUGGAGUUGCAAUCAUCCGCGAAUGGUGACAUACUGCUGACCUCAGACAACGAAACUACAUGGGCGACGUUCUCGUGUGAUAUUGGUUUCUCUCUGGUCGGGGAACAAAGUCUCUAUUGUCUGAAAGAUGGGACAUGGUCACAACCUACUCCAACUUGUGUCACUUGCGACGCAGCCCCUACUAUCGAAAACUCGGUAUACACGCUAGAAACGAAUGGAACCGCGAGUUACCUGUCUGUACAAUGUUUAGACGGAUAUUACAUGCAAGGUGCUGAUGUCAUGGUCUGCGACUCCUCCGGGACGUGGGACCCCAUACCAGAAUGCUUGUGUGACAACCCUGGAGUUCCAGCAAACGGGGAGAUGCAGACAGACGGACGGAUAGUGACAUUUUUAUGUGAUCUUGGCUACACCAUGAAUGGAAACAAUACGGCUCAGUGUCUUAAUGGAGGAUCUGGUUGGAGCGGUCAUGUGCCAGAGUGUAUUCAAUGUGUGGCGAUAUCAGAUAUAUCUGGAGGAUCAUUGUCAGAGAGUACAGACGGCAGCUUCACCAUGUAUACGUAUACGUGUCCAGCCGGAGCGUCGCUUGUGGGAAGUCCGGUUCUCGAAUGUGUCCUUGAUGGAUCAUGGUCCGGCACGACGCCAACCUGUGUUUCAUGUCCAACACUGUUGGCCCCGGACAGUGGCGAGGUCCUCCUGCAGACUGACGGGAUAUCAACAACAGGGGUUUACAGUUGUGUGCAGGGCUAUGAACUUGUUGGCCAGGUGAAUCGUACUUGUGGCACUGACGGGGUCUGGACAGGCAAUUCACCAACUUGCUCUCUUUGCGACACAAUCCAAAACAUCAGCGGUGGAUCAGUAUCUACGUCAACGGAUGGUUUGGUGACUGAAGCCGCUUUCACCUGCGCUGCUGGGUUCACGAUGGACGGUCCGGCCACAGCACAGUGCCGUAGCGACGGCACUUGGAAUACAACUGGACCGUCGUGCAUCAUGUGUGAGACAGUAUCGAGUCCUACUAACGGUGGUUACAGCACGUUUACUGACGGAGUAGCAACGUUUUCCAUCUUUACAUGUGACGUCGGUUUCUCACUGAAAGGCUCGUCCGAACUCACUUGUGGUUUAUCCGGCUCGUACCUGGGAACUGAACCAUUAUGUGUUUCUUGCUCCACCCUGACUGCCCCAGAUUCCGCCACACAGUCAAUGUCCACAAAUGGUUCAGUGACGUUGGUCACAUACAUGUGUGAAGCGGGCUACCAUCUGGAGGGAGAGGCAGUCCUCACAUGCACUACUCAAGGGCUCUGGGACAGUGAUCAACCGGAGUGUGUGUGUGACCUACCAGCACAAAUCACUAACGGCAUACUGACCUUAUCGUCUGACGGUCGAACGGCAGCGUAUUCGUGCAACCAGGGAUUUAAUCUGAACGGAACUGCUGAAGGCACGUGCUUGAUGGGUGGACAGGGAUGGAGCCACGUGGAACCGACAUGUGUUCAGUGUGAUAGUUUUGAGAGCCCUGCUAAAGGAACCGUCAGCGUUUCAACUGAUGGUGUAGUUACACUGCUAACUGUGACGUGUGGGUCAGGGUUCACACUUGAUGGAAUUGUCGAGUUGCAAUGCGGAGAGGACGGGGCGUGGACGUAUGACGUCAACAGCUUCUCGUGCGUGAGCUGUGAUCCCCUGACUGAGCCAAAUAAUGGAAACAUGUCCAUUAACACUAAUGGUAGUGUUUCGGAAGCAACAUUUUCCUGCAUCGCUGGAUACACCCUUGCAGGUUCCCCUCUCAGUUAUUGUGGCGUAGACGGACUCUGGUCUGACCCUAUUCCAAUAUGCGUGGAGUGUGAAGACAUGUCUGCAAUAUCCAGUGGUAGCGUAUUGAUGUUCAGUGAUGGAUUGAAAACGAUGUUAACGUAUGAGUGUGUAUCCGGCUAUAUGCUUCGUGGCACUAACAGUCUUGAGUGCAGAACGGACGGUUCGUGGAGCGAUGGAUUUCCCGAAUGUGUGUGUGAGUCACCGAUUUCACUGAUAAAUGGCGAUUUCACCAUAAGCGCGGACGGCAUGACCCUAUCUUACGAAUGUGACGUCUCGUUUACACUGGUUGGUGAUAAUAUGAGAACGUGCGGUAGUGACGGAUCAGGAUGGGGCGGUCAACCCCCGACGUGUGUUAAAUGCGACAACCUCCAGUCAUUGUCGGACGGUGAUGUUACACUGACAUCCAAUGGAACGGUUACAUCAGUGACGUUUUCCUGUGACCUUGGAUACAGUGCCCAGGGUGUUUUCAUCGGCAUUUGUGAUGAUACGGGUGCUUGGGAUAUUACGCCGCCGUCCUGCGGGAGCUGCGAAGUUCUUAAUGUCAUACCCAACGGAGAAGUUGUUCUGACAACCAAUGGUUCAACUUCUUUAGCGACGUACACAUGCACAACCGGAUACUUCUUAUCUGGGGAAACAACUAGACAAUGCAGUGGGGGCACAUACUCGGGGUCGGAACCAGAAUGCUUGUGCUCUCCGCCGGCUUAUUUUGCAAAUGGCGAGUUUACCUCAAAUGGGUCUGUCAUCACGUUCCUGUGUGAUCAGCGAUAUACUUUAAACGGGCCGAACACAAGAGUGUGUUCAAAUGAUGGAUCUGGAUGGAGUUCCAUAGAACCGUUUUGCGUUGCAUGCGAUGCACUUACGGCUCCAACUGGCGGCUCAAUAAAUUUGACCACGGAUGGUUACCAGACAUUAGCAAUGGUGAAAUGCGACGUGGGCUACACCAUGUCGGGACCAGACGCACUCACCUGCAAUACAGAUGGAGCCUGGGAUAUGGAAGUUUCUUCUUGUGGAGUGGCCUGUUCGGCAUUGGACGUUCCUGUUGGAGGACAUGUGGAAUUGCAAACGAACGGCCAAACGACGACGGCAAGUUUUACUUGCGAUGUUUAUUACACUUUGGUCGGACAAGAUACGUUGUCGUGCAGAAAUGACGGUACAUGGAGCUUCAAAGAACCAUCUUGCAUUCAAUGCCCGGUUCUGGAUGCCCCAGACAGUGGCUUCAUGGCAGUCACUAGCGAUGGUCUUGUGACCACAGCAAAGUACACGUGCCAUGCGGCCUAUUACCUGAUAGGGGAUGAGACCUCUGUGUGUGGCACAGAAGGGUCUUGGAACUCGACUGCACCAACAUGUAUUUGUGUUGAACCCUCCAGCCUAGCAAAUGGCUCAAUUUCCGUGUCAGUUGAUGGCUUGUCUGCAGAAUAUAGUUGUGACCGAGGAUUUACAUUACAAGGGGAGCAGAGUGUAUCAUGCCUCGGAAAUUUCCAAGAAUGGUCGGCAGAUGGACAACUAUGUGUUACCUGCGGAGACCCACCAACAGUAGACGACGGAGACGUUACCGUACAAACGAACAGAACGUCUUCAAGUCUAAUUUUUAUGUGCCAGGCCGGAUACAGCCUUUCGGGUACCUCUUUAGUCAACUGUCUCUCCAAUGGAUCUUGGGACGAACAAUUUCCAACCUGUGUUGCUUGUAGCGAUGUGUUAGGGGUGGCGGAUGGUUCUAGUACGCUUGGUACAGAUGGAUUGAAAAGCAGCUACUCAUUCUCUUGUGGCGAGGGUUACAGUCUGGAAGGAGAUGCGGUCGUCACGUGUCUUGAAGAUGGGACGUGGACUAGUUCCCCUCCGAACUGUGGACAUUCUGACAUCACCAAGUGA